GGACAGACAUUCGGUCUUGGAGCACUUCUCGACUUCAAAGCGCUCAAACCGAACCAUUACCACACAACCUUGUAUCCUUGUUUAGCUUCCGACAGCCUCUACUCGUUUAGAAGAUAUGCACCCAAUUCUCCGUCCAAAAUCCUAUCACAAACGACUGCUUACCCUCCAGCAUUGGACCGCGCUGAGACCGAGCACAAGUAGAAAAACACAAUCAGCUUCACAUUCAUGGUCAAUGAGAAGUCCAACUGUCCUGCAAACUGCUAGAGCAAGAAGAAUACACACUGGGCCGAUACCACGAACGCCUCCAAGCAUGUCCAACGAGCCAAAAGUUGACCUGGCCAUGUUUCUCGGUCCGUCCUUGCCAGGCCGCGUCUACAACUUCUGGUUCCAGCAUGUUGCCGAAGACGCGAACCUCACCCUUCCGACGUUAGAGGUGUUCAAACCGUGGUUUACAAAAGAUGCGGUGUUCGACCUGGAAUGCGCGACGCACUUUAAGCCCAUCUUAGCUGCAAUCCAUCAAUCCCACUCGCCACAUCCGGAACCCCAUACCCCCUCGCAAACCCAAACACCGUCCCCGUCCAGACUCGAAGCCCAGGCGCAGCAAAUUCUCACGCUCAUUAAGCCUACAACCGCACAUGAUUGGCUCGGCUUGAUCAUACUCCUCGACCAGCUCCCGCGCAACUGCUACAGAGGCACUGAGGCCGCACUCGUGUAUACAUUCUUCGACCCGAUAUGCAGGUUUAUCGCGUCCCGGGCUUUGGAAGAGGGGAUGGCCGUUAGACCCGAAAUACGGUAUCGCCUCGCGCUAAGGCAUUGGUUUUACCUCCCUUUUAUGCAUUCAGAGGAUCUUGGCCACCAAGAACUUGUGCUAAGGAGUUACCAAGAGAUGGCUGAUGAUAUUCGUCGGCUUUUGGAUGAACCAGCGCACGGGGUAGGCGAGAAGGAAUUAUCUUGCCGGGUGAUCCUGGCGAGCAAUAGGGAAGCCGUCGAGGCCAACCUGGCGCAAAGCUUCAAGUUUCAGAAGGAGCACCAUGAUAUCAUUGCACGGUUUGGACGGUAUCCUUACCGAAAUGGAGUGCUGGGGAGAACUACAACGCCGGAGGAGGAAAAGUUCCUCAGCGAGACAGACAUAUCCUUCGGUUAAUGCUCACUACCUCUUUUUAUAUAUACAAUUUAAGAGAUAUUUGCAUAGA